AUGAGAUUGGAUAAUUUGGUGCACAAUUUGAAAGAAUCAAAUGAAAAUCGAAUGGCAAGAAGAGCGACAGAAAUGUUGCGCGACUUGGCCAGAGCAAAUCUUCGAGCCUGUGAGCAAAGAAAACUCCACAAAGAAGCUAUGGAAAUCCUGCUGAAUUUCAAAGUUGAAAUUCACAGCGAAACUGAAUUGUUCAUUUAUGACCAUCGGAGACCAUCGGAUGUUUUUGUUAUUCAAAUCGAAACCGAUCCUGAAUGUUUGGACGUAAGAAAGCGUGGAUUUUUAUAUACUGAUUGUAUUUAUUUUUACAGCCGAACAGCCAUUGCGAGUUAUGUGAUGUUUGCUGGUCAGAGAUCACAUGCAGCUGCACCCAUCAAAUUUCAGGAGUGAACUGCACUCAUUGUCAUAUUGCUAAGGCAUUGUUACGUGAGUUCAGUUUGAAACUGCACUAAAAAUAAUCUUACUUUUCAGCAACUUUCUUUGUCAAAUCAUCUAUACCUCCAAAAGAUCAAUUUUCAUCGAGCGGAGAAGAUUUUGUCGAUGACGAAUUUGAUGAUUCACAAAUUCUUGAAGACGAAAAUCCAAUUUUCGACGACGAACAUGAUGAUUCACAAAUCCUCGAAGACGAAAAUCAUAGUCAUAUUGAUUUAAUUCCACCAAUUAUUGACAUUGAUUCGAAUGAGGAAAGAGCAAGACCUGAUGAGAGUGAUAAUGUUUCAGAAUCGAGAUCAGAUGAAUUGGACAUUUUAUCAGAUGAGGAUGAAAGAAGAUCCGUUGAAAACGAAAUGACUGUUCAAAACCGCAUGGAUAAAAUAUUAGCCGACAUGACAUCAAUGAGAAACGUGGGUGAACUUAAGUUUUAGUUGUCAAAAAUUGUGUUAAAAAAUUAUUUUUUAAGAAUUUCAACUACAUUGAACAGGAAAUGCGACGAUUAGCUAAAAAUCCAUCACAAGAAACGGUUCAAUAUUCGACUGAAUUAGCUUCAAAAUUAGAUAAGAUUGUUCGAGAAAUGAAAGAAAAUAAUGGAGCCCAGCAAUCAUCACUUCCAAAUCGUUAUAACGUAUUGAGAAAAAAUCAAAAAGCUCCAACAGCGGCCGAAGUUAUGCAUUUUGAGAGAAAGGUUUCUAAUCAUGUUUGAAUCCGAAAAUAGUUAAUUUACAGAGUAAAAACCCGAGAAAAAGAAAGUUGAACGAAGUUCAAGCCGAUAAUGUUGUGAAUAACGGGGAAGAGUGCUGGACUUGUAGUUUUUGUCGAAAUGUGAGGAUCUAUGAUAUUUGAUAACGUCCAACAUUUUUUUUCAGGAUAUCGAUCCCCUCGAUACUUGUCCAAUUUUGAAAUGCAACCGUUGUUCGUAUAAAGUUCACGAGAAUUGUGUGGAAUUCGAAACCUGUCUCACUUGUAGAAAUGGAGAAUAUCAAGAAUAUCCAUAG